AAAAGGUGGAGGGCCCGGGGACGCGGGGAGCCAAGGAGUCGGUGAACGACUCGAAGGACGAAGACGGAUCGGACGUCGCCUCGACUCUGAGCGGCUUGCUCGCCGGUCUUCCGACCUUGGCGGGCCCCCAACGCCUUGCCAAUUCCCUCAGGCAGAAGUUCGCCAGUAACUCCGGUUACCCCCGGCCCGGCCUGAUGCGCGCCGCCCCUAUCGCGACGAUCUCCUCGUCACGUUCGCUUCCCGAGGUCGCACGACUGGUGACCGCGGUUAGUCUCACCCGUUAAGACACAUACAAAAAAAGCGGAAGAGAAAACCGGUCGCUCCGCGAGCGGCCACUUAGAGAACAUCAUGACGACGAUACCGAUACUCAACAUGGAAUUCGGCGAACUUAAGGAGAUCGUCUGGUCGAAGCUGCAGGAACCCAAGUCUCAGCGCAAGCUGAUUCUUGUCAUCGUCUCCGUGGCGUUGCUGCUGGAUAACAUGCUGUACAUGGUGAUUGUGCCGAUUAUACCCGACUAUCUGAAAUAUGUGGGCGCGUUUGGGCCAAUCGAGGAGACGCCCAAUUCCACCGAUACGCCGAGUCAUCCCGGUCAGGACUCCGCUACCGGGAUGCUAUUCGCAUCGAAGGCGAUCGUGCAGCUGAUGGUCAAUCCGUUCUCCGGGGCGUUGAUCGACCGAAUCGGCUACGACAUACCUAUGAUGAUCGGUCUCUGCAUCAUGUUCCUGUCAACCAGCGUGUUUGCGUGCGGCAAGAGCUACAGCGUGUUGUUCUUCGCGAGGAGUCUGCAAGGUGUCGGUUCCGCAUUCGCCGAUACCUCCGGCCUUGCCAUGAUCGCUGAUCGUUUCACCGAGGAGUCGGAACGUUCGAAAGCGCUCGGCAUCGCCUUGGCGUUUAUCAGUUUCGGCUGCUUGGUCGCGCCGCCAUUUGGCGGCGCCCUGUAUCAGUUUGCCGGCAAGGAGGUGCCGUUUCUGAUACUAGCAUUCGUCAGUUUAGCGGACGGUUUCAUGCUGCUGCUGGUGAUGAAGCCGAUCAAGGAACAGUUACGCGAGUCACGCAAUCACGAGCCCAAGUCGACGAUACCGAUCUGGCGAUUGCUAAUGGACCCGUACAUCGCUGUAUGUGCGGGUGCUCUGAUGAUGUCCAACGUCGCGCUGGCCUUUCUCGAGCCAACCAUCUCGCUAUGGAUGGAAGACACGAUGACUCACGACAACUGGAAGAUCGGUAUGGUAUGGCUGCCGGCUUUCUUCCCUCACGUAGUCGGUGUAAUAAUCACCGUGAAGAUGGCCAAGCAAUAUCCGCAGUAUCAAUGGCUGAUGGCGGCCGGCGGACUCGCGCUCGAGGGCCUCUGCUGCUUCAUUAUACCAUUCUCCAAUUCGUAUAAGGUGCUGAUGAUACCUCUGUGCGGCAUUUGCUUCGGCAUCGCGCUCAUCGACACCGCUCUGCUGCCUACUCUAGGCUACUUGGUGGACGUCAGAUAUGUAUCGGUCUACGGCAGCAUCUACGCGAUUGCAGACAUCUCGUAUAGCGUGGCGUACGCGGUGGGCCCGAUCAUAGCUGGCGGUGUGGUCGAGGCAAUCGGUUUCACCGCGCUCAACAUUGGCAUCGCCUUCUCAAAUCUUCUCUACGCGCCAGUGCUCUAUUACCUGCGGCACAUCUACGAUUUCAAGCCGUUCCAGGAUGAAGCAAACGUACUGAUGCAGGAUCCACCCGAUAAGGAAUACCAGACAUACGUGUUGCAGGAGCAGCGGCCGAUCACCGGCGAGAUAGGUAACCACCUGAAUCAGACACGCAUGGAGACGAAUAUCGACCAAGGUUACGAUCAGAACUAUCAGACGCCCAUGCAGGCAAGUUAUGGCGGCUACGGCGCGCAAAACGCGAACAUUGGCUACACUCAAUCCGCGCACGAACAACCGCCGGUCUACAAUCAACCGCCGGCAGGCUACGGUCAACCUGGCGACUACGGCCAGCAGAGGAAUUACGUGGCCGACCAGGAGCAACCAGGCCAGGGUGGCCAGGUUGACGUGAAUCCCUUCAGGAGACAGACGGACCAACGACCGGCCGGAGACAGCAAUCCCUUUAGACAAGGAAUGUAUUAAGAGCGAUGGCCGCCGCUACCGGUGUCGUCAACGAUCGCUCGAAGGUGUGCGUUCGAGAGUCUUCGAGACAGGCUUCCACAACUUAACGGCAGAGAAAUGACGUCGUAGGGCAGCUCGGCGAGAUCCUCCUCAGGAGCGACGGCGAUCGGGACGCUCGAUCAGCCUGCGGGGGAUCGCUGAUCGCGCUCGCCGGAUUUCGAUCGUGCUCGAGGUUAUCAUCGGUGCUUUGUCGGGAAUGAUGAGAGGCAACGACUUCCAGAGUGAUUUCCUCGGAUUCUCGCGGAAGGUCAUCCUCAUGGUGAAUCCUGACGGUCCUGGGAUCCAUGUGUAGUAUCGGCAAUAGGAAUUACGAGUAUGAAGGGAAGAAAAAUAGAGAGAAACGUUGCUGAAAAAUAUGCAGGAUAAGUCGUUGAAAGACUGAGAGACGACGAUUGGUACAGAAAAGAUUCGCCGGAAGCGAGAAUAAGGAUCUCGAGGGAGGACGAGUAAUCGCAACAUCGAAAUAAAAUAAAACAAAGAGUGAGAGGGAAGAGUAAUGUAUCGGUGCUAUGGAGAGAAGAAAAAGUAGCAUCCUACAUCUAGGAUGCGAGUCGUUGCGUAAAGUGUAAGGGGAGAGAAAGAGAAAGAGAGGAUUCACGGCCGCGACGAAGGCUUCCUAUCAGCAAGGACCUUCGCUCGCGGAUUGCCGCCGGGCAAGUUUUGAAUUUUUAUCGUUUUUCGUUGAAAAUCGUUCUGCUUGCUGAACGGAAAUAUCAUAUCAUUAAUUAAGGCGUCAGAGAAAUCUAGGAAGUAAGGCUUUAAGUUAGGUAGCCGAUCAUAUAGAGGAGGGUUGUGACGAGGAUGAUCGAAGCUCGCGUUCCGCGAAUCGCUCUUUAUUGACAAAGUACUUGUCUCUCUGCUUCGAUCUUUUCAAAGUUUUAUUACAAGAAAAAUUUAGGAGUGAAACUUGGAUUGCUUGCGAUCAUCCGAGGCUUUCACAUUCUAAAACCGUUAUUUGUUACGCGUUUAUUGUUAAUAAGAUUCUUUUCUACAACUGGAAUAAUCAUUAUAAAUUAUUAUUAAU